AUGCCAACUUUCACGUAUACCUCUUUGGACUCCUCCAUUCGCCUCUUGGAGGUGCUUCCGGACAAGCUGAAUGGCCGCAUCCAAAUACGGCUGUACAAAACCAUGCUACCAGCCUCGCACCAAUGUCUGCCAUACAUGUGGGGUGAGCCAGACGAGGGCCAUGAGGUUCUUGUGAACAAUCAAGUGUAUUCUGGACGGGAGGAUUUGCACACCUUUCUGGAGGUAGCGGCGCAGAAACUCGCCAACAAGUCAUUGUGGAUUGACACCCUUUGCAUAGACCAGGGUAGUUUCACCGAGCGCAGUCAUCAAGUUCAGCGCUCGGGUGAGAUUUAUCGGGAAGCAUCGCGGGUUCUGAUCUGGUUCGGU